AUGAGCGGCAAAGGGCGAAAAGGUGCAUGGGGCGAUCAGGGCUUCAAUUCACGAGGACAGGACAAGGGCCAUAAAGGCCAAAAAGGGCAGAAAGGGAAACCGACAUCGAGCCCCACGUUCUUCGAGGAGCAUGCGAAGGGCCAGAAGGGCAAGCCGGGGCAUAAGGUUGGCCAGGAUGGCCCAGAGCACAUCCUAAUGCCAACUCCGUGUACUGACAGCUUCCAGACCCAGCAGCUCCUCUGGUCAGGCCAAGGGAGAAGAAAAACGAAGAGAGUGAUCCAAGUGUCGGUCAGAGAAUUCACGCGAAGACUCGUUUCUGGGAGCCCAAGCGGUAGUUGCAGUGUUUGCAACAACUAUGGGGCCGGGCCGACGCUACAAACCUUCCCGUCUUGA